UUAAUUUUCGUAUUUUUGACAGCAAUAUUACCAUCCCUGUUAACGCGGUAUAAAUUCAUACUGCCUUGCCGCUUAAGUGAGAAGCGGCGCACAGUGUACCUUAGUCAAGACUCUAGAAUGAUCUGUUUGUUGCUGCUGUGCCUGAUCGCUGCACUGCCGCAGUGCGCCCCUGACAAAACUGUGGCCACGGUGUUGGGUGAGAACUGCAAUGAACUGGCGACACACUGUAAACCACUCUUUCCUGACGUGAAACCCGGGGUGUGGCCAAUGGGCGAUGCGGAUGGGAGCCCGACGCAACCAGCAGCGCAAGAUUACUGCCGUGCAGCUAAAGAUACCGCUGGCUGUAUGGCGAAAUUUGAAAACACGUGCCUCGGCGAUACCACAAUGAAAGCUUACCGCAACGAGGGCAGCUUCUAUGAAUCGCAGAUGUGGGCAGCGGAGGCCAAACUAUGCGAGAAGUCCGUCAGUCCUAUCCGCUAUUACCGCGCCAUCCAACACUGCGAGAAGCAACGUCCAGGUUUUGAGAAGGAUCUGCUAGUGGACCGCAGUGUCUAUACGCACGACUCACCAAAUCCUGCCGCCGGCAAACGCAACGUCUGCGAGACCUUAAAAACGACAGCCACGAAACUGACGGGAGCGUCUAAGGCGGAGUUGACGAUGAAAUGUGGAGCGGACGCGGUGGAUGUCAUGAAACUGGCGGCGCAAAAAAUGUACUUAGCCGUCUGUCUCAAUAAUUAAUUCACGGCGAACGCUGCUACACUUGGCGGAGUGUCCAAAAUUGAGGAGGCGGCGCUACGAGCAUUUUGAUGUUGCUUUGCCCUUGUACCGUUUCCGUUAAAUGCGCAACGCGCUUAUCUAAAGUAUCACGUUAAGAAAAGUUAAAUCAGACAAACGAUUAACUACAUAAAUCUAAGCAAAUCCCAGAUGUCUCAUUCAUUGCUCUCUUUACAAUGAACCGACUUCAGCGCAACGCAUGGACAAAAUUACGAAAAUAGAAAGCAAUUCAGGACAAUAAAUCUUA